GUUGUUUUCCCAUUCAAAGGAGAAUACAAAAAGCAGUUCACACUUUUUGGGGCAUUGAAAAAAUUACUGUUUGGAAAACCUCGACGCAACAUUCAUAUUUAGUACAUAAAAUUCCCAAAACCGAGUUUCUAAAACAACAAAAAAUAUUCGCCAAAUAAAUCCCUCCACUUUUUCCCGAACGAAUCACCCACAAGCAGCAGAAGGCAUGGGCUUCGAUAUUAACUACAUUAUCGGCAGUGUUGACGAGGAGCUCAUUUGUCCGAUAUGUACCGAGGUGAUGGAGAAUCCUGUGCAGUCGCUGCACUGUGAGCACGCCUUCUGCAAGGACUGCAUCGAGAAGUGGAUGAAGCUGAAGUCGCUGUGCCCCGUGGACCGUUCCGAGCUGGUGCCGAGCCACCUGGUGCCAGCCUCGCGACUGAUGCGCAACAUGCUCGCCCGCCUCCAGAUCCGGUGCCCCUUUGCGGAGCACGACUGCCCGAUGGUGAUGCCGCUGGACGAGUAUCGCGCCCAUGUGAGUGGCUGCCAGUACAAUCCCAAGGUCUUGGUCGACUGCAAGAGCUGCGCCAUGCAGGUGCCCAAGAACGAGCUGGCCGAUCACAACUGCAUCCUCGAGCUGCGGAAUGUGUUGCAGAUGAAGGGGAAGGAGCUAACAGAGGUCAAGGACGCCCAGCUGGGCCAACAGACGCGAAUCGAUUCCCAGUGCCGGGAGCUGGAGCUGCUGCAGUUCUACGUAGCAGCACUGCGCUCAACCAGUCCCGUGAUGCGCGACGUUGGGGACCAGCUGGACCACUAUGCGCUGUCCCACUGGAGCGCCAGCCUGCCACGGGCACGGGUGACCAACUGGGGCAGCGUCAUCUCCACGCCGGACAACCAGAUGCACCUGUUGGUCAGGGACAGCCUGCGCGAGAGCGGCUGUCCCAUGCACCUGCUCAACACGAUGGUGGAGCAGUGCCACGAGGAGCGCUGGCCCGUCGCCAUGGCCAACCUGCAGCUACGCCGCGCCAGCCACAAUCAAAUGACGCAAUUUGUGACCAGACUGAUCAAGUCGCUCGCCACGGGCAAGCCCUGCCUGUGCAUCUUUGGCGUCGACAACCGCCACAUGCCGGAGAACCUGCGACCGAGGCUGGGCCUGACCAUGAUAUUCGUUGACAGCGUGGAGGAGGCGCCCAACGGUUUCUAUCAGGACAACGUGCACCUCUAAGCUGACAGCAGAAAACACAAACGUAUUUUCCAAGUCAAAAUUUAAUUUGGUCUCCGUAGUUGGCUUGGUUUCCCACCUUUUGUUUUGGAGCCCACAAAUACGACUACACCGCACAAAAAAGUACACUUAAAUCAAACGAAACUCAAGCACAAAUAUAAACGUAUUCUGGCUGGUA